AUGACAAACAGCCUACUUCGUGCGUACAAAGGGAAGAGAAUCACAUGUAUGGAGGGAUUCCCUAUAGAUAUAGUCCGUACUAUUAUGACAAAGCUCGAUGCGACGAGUCUUGCAAGAUGUCGAACAAUAAGAAAGCAGUGGGAUUUAGUCAUCACUGAGCCGCUAUUCAUUUCAGCAUUGCCCAAAUGUCUUAUGGAAGUAAGCAGGCAUAACAUAUUGUUCGUAUGCCAAUCCAUCAACACUCAUGCGAGACCGAAUAUGAUGAAUUUCACUGCGAUGGAUUUGCAAAACGAGGAGACAAGGGUAAUUUCUAGGGGAGUGAAUGAGACUGUUGACAUAUUACAGGUGCACAAACUUUUGCCUAUUACCUGUGAUCUGAUAUGUUUAAAGAGGCUUCAAUCUGUAAGAAUAUUAAAUCCUACUUCCGGUGAAAAAUAUGAAUUGAGAUUACCAUUUCAUCCAUUGUUCCAUUCAAAUUGGGAGGCUAGUUUUGGACUAAAUGUUGAACUUGGUCAGUAUAGCUUUAUGUCACUUGUGAAAUGUUCCAACUAUACUAUGGAAGCUAUGAGAUUAAGUUGGCCAAUAGACCAAAAGUUAUCUCCAAAAAUUGUGAUAUGGAGAAGUAUUCAGCAAACUUGUCCUAGAAUACUUGAACAAGGAAUUUCGGUUGGAAACAAUUUCUACUGGCCAAUCGACAAUCCCUUGCCUUGA